UAGCUUUGCUCACUGCGGUUUGUGCACGUUUUGAGCCAACCCACAGCUUCAUCUCUCACAUCAUCAUAAUAAAGUCUUAUUACCUUCACAGUUCGAAAUACUUGUUUCCUGCGUGCUUUGGACUAAGAAAAAAUUGAACAUCUCUACCUGCCUGGCAUCUGAUUGUGAGAUGGUGGCCCUUUUUCUCACCAUUGCCUUUUCCAGCAUUAUGACUGGCUUCUCCAAAGUCAUGGAAGUGACCCAGCCAGUGUUCACAGUGGCAAAAAGCCAAGGGGCUGCCAACUUCCAGUGUGGAUUCACAAACACUGAGGAUGCAAGGGAACUCAGAAUAACUUUGCUUAAACAGAGGGACAAUGAGUCCAUCCAGAUCUGUGCAUCUUCCUUUCCUUCGGAGGAAGGCAGUCCAUUCAAGACGAAUGAGGAUGGCAUCCAGUGCCAAAUUCAUCCUGGCACAGAGAGUGUAAACAUUACCGUUUGGGGUCUAAACACAACUGAUGCUGGGCUGUAUGUGUGCCAGGUGGAAUGGAUUUACCCUCCGCCCUACUACUCAGUCCUGGGAAGUGGGACCCAGCUUUUUGUUAUUGAGAGAGAUCCAUGCCCAGCUGUAUAUCCAUAUUUUUGGAUUUCUGUGACAAUUGCUUCUGGAUUGCUUGGCUACAGCAUUUUAGUCACAAUCUACAUGAUAACAAAGGUGUUACGAAAAAGCAUGUAUUUUACGCCUGGGAUCUACGAGAAAAUUAUAUCGAUGUAAUCAAGAGAUAACUGCAACUGAAAGGGAAGAAAUGUUAACUUCUGUGAAGUUUUUAUGAAGAAAAUGUAUUUCCUAAUAGAUAGGAAAGUAAUUUUAAACCUCUUGAUUGUGAUUGGUUCACAAUGAAGAGGGAGGUCUAUGCAUUAACAGAAAUAAUAACAAAUUUAUACGUAGUUCUUGAAUUUCUUAGGAUUUAUCCACACAAUUACAUGGAGAAAAUGAUCCUGCAUAAGUGAUUCCAUAGUAGAAAUAGCAGCAAUUUAUUCUGGUUUGAGUUAGGAAGUUCAGCAAAACCAGCACACAGAGUUUGUCCUGUAUUGUAUUGGGUGAGGUUGCAGGUUGUUUAUUUUCUUGAUAUGUUGUGGCUAUUACAGUGUGAGAAAGUUUGACAUAUUUUAAAAGUCAGGCUUAUUAUUUAGGCAAUCUCAAAUCACCAGGGAUCACAAAAGCAGGGAUAUGACAUUUAUUAUCCAAUAGCUAAUCAGAUGCAGAUACAUGAUGUCACAAAAUCAAAUUGAAAUAAUGUGAGGAACAGUUGCUUGUAGCCUAAA